GUGAGUGGAGUGGUGAAACAAAACAAAAACAAACCCUCAGCAAUAAGUUGACUGAUUCUGGCAGCAAGACAAAUCUGGCACCACACAGCAGGCAGGCAGGGAGUUGCACUGCUCAUCCUUUCGGUUUGUCGGUGUGCGGGAAUGCUGGACAUCCACACGCAGCGAGGGAUUCGGCCGAAAGCGCAGAUCCUCAGCGACUGAGCCCUCUGCUCCCCCCCACCCCCGGCUUGGAAGAUACAGAUGUCAGAAGACAAGACAGACAAGGUAAAAAUCAAGCAAGCAGAAAGUUUUGACCAUGAGAAGCAAAAUAUUUCUUGGCUAAAGAAAGACAACCGUACCAGCUCCCUGCCUCUCCUGGUACUGCCUGGGGUGACGCCGAGCAGUGAGGACCAUCCAGACAACCAGCUUACAAAUGAAAAACACACAGAUGAAAAGCCUAUGAAAGGUAUUGUUAUGAGUUCUGUCGCAGAAUUCAGCAUCACAGACGCUUCAUCAAAGGGCACCAAAAAUGAGAAGAAAUUGUCAGAUGCGAGCAGAUCAUCCAUUGCUUCCCUGGAGAAAUGCAGAGAAUUCACUUACAUCGAAGAUGACGCAUCGGUACAUCAGAGGGACAGUGAUGAUGAAUGUGCAACUCUUAUCCUGGCCUGCUUGUUCUGCCAGUUUUGGGACUUUCUUAUAAUGCUGCCUGAUACCUGUGAACAUUGGCUGACAGAUACCUGUUGUCCAUCCAAUAGAUAUUACCAGACCUCUGAUGAAGACCACGGCAACAACGACUGCAACUGUGACUGUGACAUUGAUUGCAGCCUUUUUGAGUCCUGCCACGAGACUGGGGAAUGCCUGGAACUUGCCAUGGAAAUUUCUGAAGUCUGCUAUCGCUAAUAGGAAAACAAUUGACAAAAUUCCUCAAAGCUACCUGAAAGUGAACUGGCAGAUUACAAAGGAGACUUUUUUUUUUUUUUUUGAGAUAUUAAUAAUAACCAGAGAUUUUACCAGUGAGAACUGCGUGCAUCUUGCUGCUCCCUCCCUGGAGGUCUGUAUAUCUGUACCGUUCUGGUUCUGUGAUUUCACAAACUGCUGAAACCAAUAAAGGACAAAAAAGGGUCUUCUCCUUUGCCAUAGAUGACAACAGAAUUCCUAAGUGCCAAGCAUGCCACAUGCUACACCCACUGUCAAUCCAAGGCUUUUAUAAACCUAUAAUCCCUUUAAACACAGAUUUCCCCAUUCAUAAACACAGGACAAAUUAGGACAUUAUUUUAGGACUGAUAUAUACAUUAGUUCAUCUUCCUAAUGGAUUAAUACCUAAACAUGUACUACACAUUGUUGGUUAUUAUAAAUAAUUUAUGAUAUAGCAUCAUUUUAUAAUUAAAAAUUUAUUUAUUCAAUCUCUUAGAACACACUUAUAUGCUCAGUUUAGGUAGAAAAGAAAAUUAAAUGAAUUAGAAACCAUGCUAGUGGUAAUUACAGCAAAUGUUGCUAAAAUCUCUGGUGAGUUUUGUGGAGGAAGCAUUUUCACAGGGUAGUGCCAUUCGACAGUGUAUUAAUGUGUGUGCCUAUGGUUAUGUAAUAACAGGUUAUGCCUAUUGUUCAUUAGUUAUAGGAAAGGGCUCCUUAAGUGUAAUUAGCCUAAAUGGGAAUUGACUGCAUGCUUCCAGAGGAGAAUUACACUGUGGAUAGCCAGUAAACUCCUUUGCUUUAUUUUCAUUUGUAAGAUUUCUGCAAGCAGCAGAAUAUUGUCACCUAUUUUAGUGCAAACAGGCAUCUCCACCUGUGCACAAAAGAUUACAAAAUGACAGUAUCUAUCCUGGCUGUGCUUUCAAACUCCCUCUAUCUCUUUCCUGAUGGCAGGUCUGAUUAAUAAAAAGGAAAUACAUAUUGCACAUUACACAUAUGACAACAAAAGCACAUAAAUUCAGCUGCCUGAGGGUGCAGAACACAGGUAUUAAGCACAGAGGAAAACACAGAGUUGCUUGCUCAUAUUAGAUAUUUAUAGACUAACACCAGGGACAGUGUUUGCUUUGUACAGGCACUAAAAUUUCUCCCCCAAACCCCACUGAUCCCAGUGCAGAAGUGCCUGGGGAAUCACAAAGCAAGAUCCUGAGCAAGAUGCUGGGAUGCUGAGCAUGGCUGAAAUAAUCUGAAGCCUCUUGUUUAUUAAUCAGAGUAAUCCUGAUAGACAAAUAUUUAAUGGGAAAAAAAAUUCUCAUGAAUUACCUUUUUUUACCUCCACUUCUGGAAAAUUUCUGUCUUCAAACCACCAAAAAGUAAUAAUUAGAAUCACUAACAAUCUUUGUACAGGUGUCUUAGUGACCAGAGGACAACAAACCUCAGAUACCUUGUGUCUGUGCUCCUUCCAGGACAUUGGUGGGGAGCAGAAGAGGUUUUUUUAUUUCAAUUAUGACAUCACGUUAUGAGUUGCAGCCACCUGAAGGGACAAGAUCAUUAGUCCUUCACUGCCACAUCGAUGCCAGUCUGCUGGCUGGGUCUGGAUCCAAACCCCAAAGAACUACCCACUGUCAUUCAGGAGGCACUGGUUUGGGACACCCACCCUGGGCUGGGCAGUGCUGAGUUUUAAUGGUCCAGUUUCCAUUCUCCCAUAGACUUUUGAUCUGAAAUUUUCCAGUACUGAGCCUCACAACUAAACUCUCAGUGCAAUGUUUCAGGACACAGAGCCUUGGAUCGUUCUGUCCUUUCUAUCACGGCUUAUCCUUGGCAAAGUGGCACUUGGGUGUGUAUGAAUAAAAACACUGAGCCAAGGUACUUAAGGGUCAGAAAAAGGGAAAAUUUGGCCCACAUUCCAUUUCUUAGAGAAGUAUCAAUAGAGAUGUAUGUUGGCAGUCCUUGCUCUGUUGCCUCUGCCUGAAAGGGGAGUUUUUAUGUCCAAUGGCUGGAAGGAGCCCAAGAGAGGAAACCAGAGGGUGGCAUAUCCCAAAAUGUUAUCAGUGAGGACCCAGAGAUGGAGAGCUUGUCUUGCAAGCCAGGAUGUCUUGUUUCAGUUUUGAGCCUGCGAGGUAAUAUGCAUUGACCUCACUGGCAUCACCCAUAGCAAGUGAGGUCUCAAUUCAGCUGUGGAGCUGAAUUAACAAAUGUGCAGGUUUUUUCAACUGUUUUCCUAGGAAUUAUUCUUCCAAAGAUCUUUUUUUAUCAUGUUGCAACCCAUAGGUUGGGAUAUUGAGGUCAUGUCUGCUAUAGGGCAUGGGUAAGGUCAAAGACAGAAUUACAGAGGUCAUGGCCACAGCCAUGGUUAGACAGGAUGUCCCAACAAUAUGACUGGAAUCACACUGUGGGAUAUAUUGAGGGCUGCUGUUGUGGUGAAUGGUGGUAUUUUAAAUAAUGCAGCAAUAUCUCCUUACCUAAAAUGCACAAUGGCACAUUGCUCAGUUUUCUGCUUUAGGAAGUAGAUUUUUAGAGACCUUCUGUAUGAACAAUGAAACCUUGAAAAACGUGUUAUUUCAUACAAUGCAGCAGAAGCAGCACCUUAUGAUGACUUUCUUUUCUGUCAUAAAAUCGUUAAUUGCAACAUUGUGUUUUCAUGACAUAUAGGAACAUUUUAAUGUACUGACACCAGGGAAAGUCAGUCAGACUUUUCCAUUAAUUAUUCCAGAACCUGGGUUUCCUCUUUGAAAAGCCAUCCUAUUCCCACACUAAGAUGACUUCCUAGGGGCAGAAAAAUACCCAUUUAUCAGAUUUGAACAUGGGUAGACUUUCCAGUGAGACAGAAACUUUUGGAACAAUUCAAGGCUGUCUCUGUAUUCUCUGUUUACUGGGAAGGAAGGUCUGAGCGCCUGAGUAGGAGGCGUUUGGGUGGAUGGCUGUUGGGAACAUGUUGGACUCAGCUGUGCUCCCAGGAGAUGUCAGGGUGUGAAACCAGCUCCUCAGAACAACAAAUAGAAGUUACCAUUUUGCAAACGGGAACAUCACUCCGACACGACGCCUCUCCCUCCUCAGCACCAGGAAUGCGCCGACAGAUUGGCUGGGGGAAGAGAGAGACAGAGAUAAUAAUGAAGAGUUGUGUUGCUGCCUUCUACAGGAGGGGCCCAUGGGAUGCUCUCUAAGGAUCUCCUCUUGGAAAUGACCCAGCAGUCUCACCCUUGAGGAGAACAUGUCUUUUCACCUCCUUUACCCGUGUUCUCAGAACAUAAUACAGAUUGGGAUGUAAACUUUAGGGAAAUUGACGCUUGCUAAAUAUGGGAAAGGCCUCAGGGAGCUUCCAAAAGAUUAAAAAUUAGUUAUUCCCUAAGGAAAUUAAAUUCUCUGACUGACCAUGAGCCCUUGCCUAAUGUCGUUCUGGUGCCUUACUCUUCCUGCACACUAAAUGGGGGGCUGAAAAAAAUUAUCAUGUGUACACCACCAAAUAUAGGGAUGGAGCAUAUUAUAUUACCUCAUUUAACUUUCCUCUGCUUCCUAAACAAUUUUGAUGAUCCAUACUCUCUCAAGCAAUCAUCAACUAGAACAACCAACAUCUUCCUAAUUUCAAGACAACGCACAGCUCUGCCUUAAAUCCAGUGCUGCUUAGGGAUUCAGACUGAGUGUUACAGAUGAGCUCUAGAAGAUUUUGGUUCUCAGGAAGAAAGCAAAAUACAAGAACAACCAAUAUGUUUGCAAUUGUAUUUCUCCUACUAUGCUUGUACAGUAUCAAAAAAGUUCAAUAAUGUUGGACUAAGA